GCAUAAAUUUAGAUUUUCCUAAAAGUGUUUGGAAAGGAAAAACAAAAAAUAGAAUCUUUUUUUCUCAAAACCGCAACAACAUUUCAAAUGCUUGAGAACAGCAAACUUUUCAACAAAAAAUAAUCAAACACGCUUUAUGCCGUGCUGGAGUAUCCUUCACAAAACGUCAUAAACAUCCUAAAACAUCAACAUGUCCUCACUGAAAUCUACAAAUCUAUGGAUCUUAAUGUUUCUAUUCUACAUCUUUGGCCGGUGCACGAAUUCCACACGUAUACGUGUCAGUCCGUCGACAAUGACGCGGAACAUCGAAGAGGAAAACGUUCAAUUUAUACUCGAAGGUCCUACUGUGUUAGCAGAGUCCCUACAAGGUACAUUAGGACGUCUGCCGUGUAAUGUGACGCCUCCCAUUGCUGAAGAUCGAGUUGCUCUGGUGAUUUGGUACAAAUUUGGGUUGAAGACGCCAAUUUAUAGUGUCGAUACGCGUGACUCAAACUUUUCCCAGGGUACACAUUGGUCAGACGCAUCAUAUCGCGACCGUUUGUCAUUUGCCGUUGAAGGACGUUCGGGCACACUUGCAAUUAGGAAUACACAUCAGGACGACACUGGCGAGUAUCGAUGUCGUGUUGACUUUCAGAAGAGUCCCACGCGAAAUUCUAAAGUCAACUUAACCGUCAUAAUACCACCUGAAUCUAUUAUAAUACUUGACAGUAAAGGAGCUACCAUAAAGGACUAUAAACUUGGGCCCUACAAUGAAGAUUCCACAAUAAAUAUCACUUGUGUGGCUGUUGGAGGACGUCCACAACCUCAAGUUACCUGGUGGCAUGAGAACACUUUGCUCGACAGCAAAUCACACGCAUUGUCAGAACGUCGUGUGGGGAAUAUUUUGUCGCUCGGUAAGCUACAACGGAAGAAUCUGCACAUGCAACUAACGUGCCAAGCGGACAACAACAAUCUGACAACGCCAAUUUCUAGCACAGUCACACUCGACAUGAACUUGCGUCCACUUAUUGUUAGACUUAAAGGUGAAAAUCAUCCUUUAUCAGCGGAUAACUCAUAUCAGUUGAGCUGUGUUGUCAUUGGUUCACGUCCAGCUCCCACAAUCACUUGGUGGAAAGGCAGUACGGCAAUGAAGAAUACGCAUGAAAUUGCAAAUCCGGAUGGAAAUAUGACAACGUCAAUAUUGACUUUUACACCCACCAUCGAUGAUCGCGGAAAAUUUCUUUCAUGUCGUGCGGAACAGAGCAUGAUACCUGAAUCUGGCAAGGAAGAUGGUUGGAAAUUGGAUAUUUAUCAUAUUCCGGUUGUGAGUUUGGAAUUGGGCACCAACUCUAUGAACUCAUCACUUCGAGAAGGCAUUGACGUCUUCUUCGAAUGCAACAUCAAGUCAAAUCCUUGGAUAUAUAAAGUCAGUUGGCGGCAUAAUGGUAACAAUUUGGAGAACAACAUCGCUGAAGGCAUCAUUGUGGCCAACCAAAGUCUUGUACUACAAAAUGCUAGCCGGGCACGUAGUGGGAUUUAUACAUGCAUUGGAAGCAAUCGGGAAGGUGACGGUGAGAGUAAUCCGGUGCAUUUGGACAUAAAAUUUGCACCACUCUGUCGCGCGGGCCAACGCACCACCUACAGUUCGGGACGUCAUGAAACCGUUAAGGUUGCCUGUGAAAUUGAAGCAAAUCCAACGGAAGCAAGUUACAUCUGGAAAUUCAAUGCGUCACUUGGCGAAACCAUUGACAUACCGGCAUCACUUAUAGCUGUCGACCGUGGACGUAGCAUAGCACACUACACGCCUAUGACGGAAAACGAUUAUGGAACUUUAUUGUGCUGGGCAAGCAAUGAAAUUGGUGACCAGAGCGAACCGUGCGUUUAUACAAUUACACCGGCAGGCGAACCGGAUCCUUUGGUUAACUGCACAUUACUCAAUCAAACAUCGACUGGUUUUCAAAUUGAAUGCAUUGAGGGUUUCGAUGGUGGCCUGAUGCAAGACUUUAUAAUGGAAGUUUACGUAAAUGGCACAACGCGUCAUCCCAAAAUUUACAAAUCAAAAACGCCAUACUUUGAAGUACGUGGUUUAGUGCCAGGCGUCGGAUACAAUGUCUUUUUGAUUGCACACAAUAGCAAAGGACGAAGCAAUGCCACAAUUUUGCAAGUCUACACACUCAAGGAUCCUGAAAAGCAAACAGACCAUUCACUCGCUUAUGCACCCGUCAUAGAGGAUAUCCGGCCAUUUUUGGGCAUAUUGGUUGGCAUAGUUGGCAGCAUUUUUCUUGUUGCGCUUAUAAUUGUGAUAAUUGUGCGUGUACGAGGCUCAUCUGGCCGUGAUCGCAAUAAUUACUCCCAGCAUUCUGGCGGCGGACGAAAUAACAAUGGUAGCGCCGGUAUGGGUACAUUACAAAAUGGUCAAUCAAUACAGGAUAUGCGCAACGGAAGAGAAACCUGUCAUGUUACCAGCAGUUUAGAUAGCAUUGAUAAAAAUCCAGAUAUCAUACCACAGGAUGGACGCGAUGAUGAUGAUGAAUGGACAACCAAAGGACAUAAUCGUGCUUACGCCACUGCCGCUUUAGCUGAACAAAAUGCUGUAAUUACUUCAACUACUUAUGACCAUAUUGUGCCAACUUAUGCUGUUGUCGACAAGAAAUCACAAAGUCAUUUGCAACUACUGCAGCAGCAACAGCAACAUCAUGGACAAUAUGUCCAAUAUAGCACACUGAUACCAGCUAGCAAAAUUGCAGCUUAUCCUGCUCAACAGCCACAGCCACAGAAUAAG